CAAGAUUUCCAUAAAAAUUUAAACUCCGCUACAACAGUUUAGAAAGUAAUAAAACGCAUACCAAUUUUCAAACCAUAACAAAUUAGCUCAAAGCGAAUAAAUCUCAGCUGUUGCCUCUAUACGGAAGUACUUCCGUAAUAAAACUGAAAUAAAAGGCGGAGUGAACCACAACAUCUGGCUUUUACCGACCAAUAAUUACAAUAACCAAUCAUCAACACAUGCCCAACACAUCGCUGAUGGACAGCAACAGCCGCAACGGCAACCAGACUUUCGCCAGCUCUGCGCUAACCAUGUCUAUUAUUAUUAGCCAGAAUGACGAUGGUGGAGAAGAAGGAGAGGAUGAAGAUGAGGAUGAGGAUGAGGAUGAGGACGAAGAUGGGAUAGAAGAUGAUGCAACGUAUGCAACGGCCGAAUCGCCAUUGUUACCUGACGCCGGUAACAAAGAUAACAAUAAACAGUCGGAAACGAAUAAUAAUAACAGUAACAGUAGCAACAGCAAUAAUACCGUACCUAAGCACAUAUCAGCGAAAGCACACCAACACAAUUACACAGCCGUCGACACCACCUCAAGUUCACCGAUCCACCAAAGACACACCCAUAUCCCCAAUCACAUUUACAACGCCUACAAUUCACUUACCAUUACCCCCAUCUCCAACGAGCAAAAGUCAGCAAAUAAACAUUAUCACGAAACACUUGCACCCUCAGCGUCGCCAACGUCAUCUGGACCGAGCAUCUACGGCACACCGGCAAGUGAAUGUCGACGUCGCAGUUCGAUAACAUCUUUGCAGCUAUUUGAUGGCAAUACGGUGACGAUAACUACCACCACAUCGACAACGCUUGAUGGUAGCGGACAAACAGAGGAGAGUAUAAUAGAUCUUGACGAUAACGGUCGCAGCACGGACAGCGAUAGCUAUAGUGAGACUAACAACAACAACUAUUCUACACCCACCACAGCCACACUAUACAGCAAUUAUCAUUACUCACAAACGUCUACGCACACCCACCAAUAUAACUUAUAUCCAAAAGACUUCUUCUCAAGCAUCGAAGGCGAGCGACCGCAACAAAGCUCAAAAAUGAAGACCAAAGUCGAUGCCGUUGGACGCAUUACCGGGGAAUGGGGUCACUGGCAAUUGCGCGCCGUAUUACUAAUCUUUCUUUGUAAGAUCCCAUCAUCAUGGUUUAUGGCCUGCAUAAUUUUCACAGCGCCCGCACCUCGACAUGGUGAAUUCUUUUGCAAACCACCGAAUACAGUGGGUGCUCGAAAUGAUACUCUCUGGAUAAAGGUGUCGCAUCCGCAGAAGGAGGAGGCUGAUGACCAGGAAUUUAGUAUAGACUUUUGUAACGUAUACCAGGAUGCACAAGAGCAUGCGCAUCUUUACUAUCGCUACGAACGGCCCGAACUGGAACCGCGAGUAUGGGAGCAACCGACUUCGCGCAGUACGAACAUCAUCCCAUGCCAGCAGUUCGAGCAUAGGGCUGAAUAUCAAUCGGUAGUUACGCAAUACGAUUUGGUGUGCUCGCGUGACAUCCUGGUAUCAGUAACGCAAUUCUUCCACUUGUUUGGCGUCCUUACCGGUGGCAUACUGGCGAAUCACCUGCUCAAGUAUUUCAGUCCACGAAAUGUGAUGCUCUUCGGUAUGGUGACGCAAAUUUUCUGUGGUAAUCUCACCGGGCUUGUGGCCUCAUAUGAAUUACAUGUCUUCUUUCGCUGUUUGUCGGCGGUCUGUUGUGCUCAAAUGUAUACGGCUGGAGGUGUAAUAAUGGCUGAUAUAACAGGAGGUGUCUAUAAGACUUGUGUUUCGACACUAUUCGAACAAUUUUGGUCAAUAGGUGUUAUUCUUUUACCCGGCGUUGCGAGCUUCUUCUCGAGCUGGUCUCACAUAUACAUGGCCAUCUCCUGGCCAACUGUGAUACUCAUAUACUUAUGGCGUUGGAUUCCAGAUUCACCGCGUUGGAUGAUACAGCGUGGACGGGUUCUGGAAGCGAAAAAUAUUCUUUUGCAAUGCGUUGAGGCGAAUGGCACACGUUAUGGUCUUCCACAUGACAUCGACCAACAGCUACAAUUUCAAGCGCAAACCGCCAUGGAUGCACCAUCACCACCAGGCUGGUGGGCAAUAUGGAAGGGUGAUAAUGUAGUGCGUAAUUUGAUUUGUGUCCAUCUGGCCUGGUCCAUCUAUAUAGUAGUUUACUACGGCAUGUUGCUGAACAUACGCUCAUUCAGUCGCGAGCAUCUGGAGGUGAAUACGGUUGUAGCGGGUUUGAGUGAGAUAACCGGAACUUUUAUCGGCCUCUUCCUGAUACUGAAGACUACGCACAAAUGGUUUUGGACGGGACUGUUUAAUGUGAUUGCCGGUCUAAUUGCGUAUCUGGGAUGGCUUGUGCCAGAGAACUUACCCUUUGAUGCGCGCGUGGCUUUGCUCAUGCUCUCGGCUAUGAUCUCUAAAGUGGCCAUCUCCACUACACUUUCUAUUCUCACCACCUGCACCGUUGAGCUUGUAAGCGAUGAAAAGAAGAAGAUCACUGCCUUCUCAGCCAUAUGCUGGGCACGUUUCUGGCUAUUAGGAGCGCCAUUUAUCGGUGCUACCGUUAUUUUUGGUAUGAUGGUGCCGCAGACAGCAUUCGCGUCACUUGCAAUUGUUGGUGGUGUUUUAACCGCUCUUAUAUCUAGUCCUCGUACGAUAAGCAAACAAAAGACAACACUUGGCGGCAGCAAUAGAGCGAUCGCAACACAAGUGGAUGGUAUCGAUAAUAAGGCCUUUACGACGGGUCCAACGCCCAACCAUCCUAUUUUUACCAGUAUUCCAAAACUGGCAGUCCCCAACUCGAACCUGCCGCCACAAAUGAUGCACGGUAUUUGGACAACAAAGCAUCACGAAGACAGUCCACCAGUCUAAGUAGGCUUGAAUGAUUAAUAGUGAUAUAGACCGUUAACGCGGGCGAUGUUCGACGAAAUUAUAUCCCUGUUAAAAUUUUUUGUUAUAGUGUAAACGGAAUUUAAAUGCACAUGGUUUUUUGUUUGAUAGUAUAAAUACACAAGAAUAAUAGAAUAGAUACAAGAUUACGCGAUUGAAUCGAUAGGGAUAAUCAAGUUUACUUUGCUGUCACAUAAUUGUAGAUGAGAACUAAGAAGUUAGAGUAAAACUUCCGAAUUUUUGUAAGCAAAACUGAAAAGUUAUUAAAAACGAUAAAGAAAGAUGAACUCUACAAUAACGGCAUCUUAACAGCUGUCUGCCACAUUCACUGAGAGUUACCAUUUUGUUUCCUCGCCGAUUCAUGUUUAUCUACCUUAUCUAAACGCUUUGUCGAUUGUGAUUGGUCAGUGACAUGCAUUUGUAUUACGUAUGAUCACUGCAUGAAUAACUGCAUCUUAACUGUAAUCUAGACACAGCAACUUAUUUUACCAAUCGCGGAGUUGCCGUUCCGCCGUCAAAAUAAUUAUCUACAUGAGAAUAAAGUGCGGUUUUUUAGUGCUAGUUUGACAGUAGUGAAUUUUUAAACUUGACUUAUGUUAGCUCUGCAAAAUUCACCAAUUAAACAGCUUAGCCUGAAAUCACAGUAAAUCUGCACUAAAAAACUGACCCUAAGGGUACAAACCAUUUGACAAUUUGUGUCUGGCUUGUUCAAUGUGUUCAUGACUAUGACGCAGGGGCAUGUACAUACCUAAAGGGGGCACUCACCGCUAACCUAAUAUUUGUUGACACACCUUUCAUUACUUUGGUGAAUUGUAAGUUGGCAGUUCGGCAAAUGCGUCUUGCUGUGAACCACCUUUUAGAUUUAUAUCGGUUAGUUUGGCAAUGAUCUUUCGCACCACCUGAUUUAUAGCAAUUCCAUUAUAUACAAUUACAAUUUAAGCAAAAAACUGAAAAUUCCGAAAUGGAGCGAAAAGACAAAAUUAUUAAUCAAUUGAAAAAAAAAGCGCUGCAAGUUCCUUCGAUUCAAAUAAAAUAAAUUUGAAUGCAUCAAUUAUUUGUCUAAAAUUUACCUAACGCCUAUGUACCGUUUCUAUUCAAUCCCACAGGAUUUUGACUACAAAAAUUGCCUACUUUUUCUUCCUGGAAACUUUUUGAUAUUUUAAAUUUAAACCUUCUGUCCAACGAUCAAAUGCCAAUUGUCAAACAACAGAUGAAAUUGUGAAGCUAGCUACGGCAGCGCUUCGUUUCUAUGCGCUUAGGCGCUUUCGUUAGGUUUACAAAAUAAAUAAUAAUAAUAAGUAUGAUGAUAGGCCCUAGGGACGGAUCGAUUUAGCGUUCCACCAUUUGUUAGCUUGCUUAACAUAACUCUCUAUAAACUGAGCAACCGAUUGGUCAAUUUUAUUUCGGCGAAAAUUUUAUUGAAUAACACACCAGAAUGAUAGAAUACAAGAUUACACCCAUCAGAAAGGCAUGGCAUCACACUGGUGCAAUUCCGUGAGAGAAAUGCGAAAAUGCGAACAAAAUGCAGGAACGAGAAGAAAUUACACAAAAAACACAAAAAUGUGUGCCCUCACACACACAGUGAUGCUACCAAACUCUUCUUCUUAGCUUCACAGUCUGUGGUGGGUCCAAGGUGGAUUUAAUAAGGUGACAGCAUUCACCCAGCUGAAUUUUUCGCCGUAGGUAUGGCUUACGUCAAAAUGAUAUGCUUUGUUUGUAUGUAUUGGUAUGUUUACAUUCGUAUGUUUACAUUUGCUUGCUGAUUUUGACAUGAUGCUUGCACCAAACGCAACAACAAAUACAUGUAGGGUUUUACUUAUAUGUGUUUGCUGUCACCUGUAAUAAAUUCGCCUUGGGUGGGUCAUAGCUUCAUCAAAAAUUUUCCUCGAAUUCACUCUCUCUUUUUUGCUCAGCCUCUUUUUCUUCCUUCUAUUGGGCGGCCGCCGGAGCCGAAUGGCUUGGUUCGUGACUACCAUUCGGAAUUCGUAGAGACGUAGGUUCGAAUCUCCGUGAAACACCAAAAUGAAGAAAAAGUUUUUUCUAAAAGCGGUCGCCUCUCGGCAAGCAAUGGCAAACCUCCGAAUGUAUUUUUGCCAUGCAAAAAAGCUCCUCCUAAAAAAUAUCUGCCGUUCGGAGUCGGCUGAAAACUGUUUGCCUCUUUAUUUGUGGAACAGCAACAAGACGCACUGUACAAUUAGGAGGAGGAGCUCGGUCAAACACUCAAAAAGGGCGUAAACGCCAAUUAUGUGAGUAUGUAUGUAACUAACUCCAUCCCAAGCAUUGGUUUUCAACACAGAAUGUGGUAUUUCGAAAGCAACUCUGCGAUAAGUCCCGCUUGCGUUUGAGUAGCUAUUACUAUUAUUUAACUCAGCAAGCGAGCGAUUGCUCUAAUUUAAAUUGCAUCGUGCUGUAAUUCUGUUUGCACCGCUAAUUUAAUAUUUGUUGAAUAGUUUUCUUAAAAAAGCCAUACUUAAUAGUUACUAAUGUAGUUAAAGAAAAGAAAGAAUGAGCUAUGAGCGAACUAUGCUAUAAAAACAUAAGUUUUACAAUUACCGUUACAAAAGCUAGAAACAAUUAUAUACAUAUAUCUACGCUAAUGUGGCCAGGCGUACGAAAAAGUAUCGUGAAUUACAUUGGCGCGCUCCUAAAAUCGUAGUACUGACUGGAAAAACUACUUUGUGGGUUAAUUAAAAGAAGUUCCGCUAGGGUUAUUUUAUUUUCCGAUAUAAAAUACGUAUGUAAUCAAUCCUAAUUCUCCAGUUAAAUAUCGCGAUUUUCGUUUUAAAAAAAUAUGCACAGUGCUCCCAUGGCACUCAGUUCUAUGAUGCGGCACAUAGAGAGAGGCUUAAGCAAGGAAGCAUGGUACUGCCUGUAAGUACAGAUGUGAAUUUAUCGUGAUAUCACUUUUGAUGCCCAAGUUAUGACUCUCUGAAAGUGUCGGAACUGUGAGUGGUGACACGCCCUGUUGCAUUAAGUCGUCCUCAUUUACCUACUACUAACUAUGAGCAUCUACCCUCUGGAUGGAUGCCUUACAAUAGGUAUACUUUGCCAGUUUGAACCCUGGUAUUUCAAAUCGUCAAUACUGCCUUUUAGAAGGCGUGCCAAUGCAGUCGUUUUUCCACGCGGUCACCCUAAUUAACAUAUGUACAAGCAUGUAUGUACUUAAGUAAAGUCAUUAGGAAAUUUUAUUUUUGUUUUUAAUAAAUAAAAUCGAAUCUGUUAAAACGUGGGUGUAUUUAUACGCAGUUGAAAAUCUUUUAUUAAACACAGAGUUUAGGGAAAUCUCAUCUAAUUAGUUUUAUGUGACUUAUUUUUUGAAAAAUGUGUAUGUAUUUGUAAUUUUAUAAAAAUAUUCACUAAAUUUACUAUAUACAAGAUGUAUAUCGAAUACUACUAUAUGUAAAUACAACUCUGUAAUAGAUUACACAAAAUAGUUUAUCCGCCAUAGUAACUCAAGCUUCAUAUAUUUAAAAACAGGCCUUAAAUAUACCUAUGUACAACUCAUAUUGAGCAGCAUGCCAAAGUAUACAUCCAGAUUUAACGCCUUCAGCUCUGAAAAAUAAUGUAUGUAUAUAAAAAAAUUUACAAAAUUUAAAAUGCAAAUAUAUAUGUAGAAACAAAUACACAAAUGAACAUUUGCACAUACCUUACAAACCUAUAUCGCAAAAUCAGUAUCGCUAGACAUUUGACAAACACAGUUGCACCAAGAAGCUUUUUUUACUUAAUAUUAUUUAUUUUAUUCUGUGCUAGACAACGCACGCAACUCAGGAAUAAUAAUUUUCAUCAAAAACCAUCUUGAUAAUAAUAUACUUCAAUUAACUGUAACUGUCAAUUAUUACGUCCCUGUAUACUAAUUUUAAAUCAAUACUACCAAGUUUCAGAAAAUAAAUUAAAUUCGAUAUUUUAUUGCACACUAUUGCAUCUUUCACGUUGAAGAGUGCAUUUGUACCUGACGACCAUUCGUUUGGUUCCGAAUUCAAUGCCCAAAGGUGGAUAUACAAUGUUAGAAAGUUUUUCUAAUAGCACUUGAAUCUCAGCAAGCAAAGGCAAAUAUCUGAACCCAGUUAUGUCAUUAAAAAGCUUCUCAUAAAGUUUAUCUGACACUCGGAAGCGCCGUAAAAUUGUCAACACCAGACGAACAACAACACGCCACACAAAAAAUUGAAGAAGAUUUCAGCCAAGCCUUGGUGCCUACUGUUUGGGGCGUUUUUUGGUCCCAAUUUUUUUGCGGGUGAUAAACGCUCGGAGCAGUGCGCGUUGUUGCCACGAUUUGUGUCCGGCGUUUACCUACACCGGUUGACCCUUCUCCGUUUUUUGUAAAUUUUGAUUUGUAUUCUCUGCAAAUGUUGUGAAUUUAUUUAGAUAUAUAUUCUCUCUCUCCCUCUAUCUCUCAUUCUCUCUCGGGUAUCUCCCUCUUUCUUUGUCUGCCUUGAAAGUUUCACUUCUGUUAUGUGUACUACGGUACACGCACUUUUUUUAAUAAUAAAAUUAUUUCAGGUACAGUUAAAGCACUUGAAUUUUUUUGUUUUUAAAGUAGGCUUGAAAAAAAUGAAAAUCAUCUCUUUGCCUCAUACAAAAGAGAAAUUAUUCAUAUCACAUUUUUUAGAAGUUAUGUGAAAAUCGCGCCAAGUUUUGCAGGUGUUCAACUAGACGGAGGGCCGUAGAGAGCAUAUCCGGGUCCCGGGGGAAAAUUGCAAAUGCGGGCCCUUUCCAAUUAUGUAUAAUUCAUCUAAUUCGAAUUACUCUGGAGUCCGGGCCGCUCUGAAAACUCCGGGCCCGGCGUAAACAGUCCCCGAUCCUCCCCCCUCUCGUCGGGCCUGACUAGGCGUUCAAAUAUUAACUUGUACUUGGUAUAUGUAUACAAAAAAACACAAUCAGAACCUUUUAAACAAAAAUCAGCACAAAGUCAAUAAACGCAUAUCGCUCAUUUUCUGAAAGAACGUUGUAACGCAACAAAAAAAAUGCUUUUGAUAAGUAUGCAGAAAUAACCAGUAGCUCUUUUUAUGUUGUAUAAAAAAUUCAUAGCGAUGUUUUAGAAGAAAAAGUGUAAUUACUUCUAUUAGGAAGACAUUGUCAAACUUUAAAGCAAGUCUUCUCGAAUUUUAAAUUUUUUGACUUAUGGCUGGAGAGCGAUAUAUAAUAGGUAUAUACAAAGAUUUUUUUUUUUCAAAAUUAACUUACUUCGGAACGGCAUUUCCGAGACAAACUCAAGUGAAUAUUACAAUAUUCAACAGGAAUAUAUUAUAUAUAGAAUUGAAAGCUUAACUCUUUAAAAUUAUGAGCACAAUAAGUAUUUGUAUUUAACUGUGUAGAGUUUGGCGGAGACGCUUAUAAUUUAACUCGGGUUUGAGGAAAUAAGCAAUUAAUGCUUAUGGUUUUUUUCAAGACCGAUAUUAACAGAAUAUCGAAGGAUUUUUUGAAAUGUAUGGUAGGUUCAAUUAUCGUAAUCCUUUUAAAUAUGAGGUGGUUAAUGGGUUAGAACACUGUAGGAAUUAGAAAAAAAACAUUGUUUGCUAAAAAAAAUACUCUGUUACCUUAAAAAUGGCAUACAAAAGAUUUAAAGGGGGAAAAAAUUUCUAAAUUUUUCUGUUUUCAAAGUAAGCGUUACAAUUUCUCUGCCUGAUGAGUACCGUGCCGAAACUCGCAACUAAACUGUAUAUUCACAAUUAUUGUCUGAAAGUAGGAUGGAUUUUUUGAUAUACAAAUAAUUGUCGGACGUCUUGUUUUGUGGACAUUUUGAGCAUGAGAAACGUGCCAUUUUUCACUCCAUAGUAUCAAUUCUAUUAUUAUUCAAUCUGCAAAAAUAGUUUAUGAAUCAGAGUUAAUUUUCUUUUCAUUUACAAACUAAGCAUAAAAAUUGCAGCUACAUGGAAAAGAACUAUGGGCCGCAAUGUGAAUAACUCUAAUCUAGAUUAUUUAAGUUUGAACAGUUUUCUUGCUAUCGAUUUAAUAUAUAAACUUUUUUAUUAAAAUGCGCCUUUAAAUAUAUCGAUGAAUUACAGCUCAACUUCGCAUACAGGCCUACAUAUGUACAUAAAUUUCCAACAACUCAUGCACAUACAUACAGACGUACACGCAUAUAUGCUUAUGUGCUGGGCUUCUACUGAUAUCAAAUCUUACAAAAAUGCAACCUAAAAUGGGUAAAAUAUUAUUAAGGCUGUUGACAAAAUUUUAACACAAACGGCAAUUUGUUAAAUUUUUUUUUAAUAAGAAAACUUAAAAAACCAUUUUCAAUGUACCUAAUUCCUUUACAAAAGUUCUUAGCGAGUAAAAAAUACAAAAAAGACAAACAAAAUGCCUAUGAAACUAAAUUACUUACCUAUUUUAAUAAUAUACCAUAAUAGAUGUUAAAAAAAUUAAAACUAUUACGAAAAUUUCUUUUAGAGCGAUAUGUACCUUAACAAUAAAUUAGAGCAAAAAAUAGCUCAUAUGUAAAGUGAUUAAUAAACGAUAUAGCGAGAAUAUGCUCUUUAAAGAUGGAAAGUAUGUAUAUUUAGAUAUAUGAGAAGUAUGAUAUGGUAUGACACAAACAAAUUAAAAUAAAAAAAUUUCAAAAAACGAGUUGUUAAAGUGUGUAGAGGAGCAAUAUUUUUCUAAUAAAGUUGAUUAAAAAAAAGUUGAAAAUGUAUGGAUAUUUUAUUUGCAAA